AUGGCCACUAUUUCUCAAAUUCUUACUAUAAUUAGGCUUCUACUUAUGGUUUCAUUAUCUGUUCAAAUUGGAACUGAAGUUUUGGAACCGGAGGUAGACACAAACUCAAGCUCACUCAAACAAACCUUCGAUGAUGCUUAUCAUAUGUUACUUUCACCCCAAGAAAAUUAUUAUAUUCCGUUAAUUGGGAAGCGUUCUGAGGGCCCUUUUGUAUCAAGAGUUCGUCGAGAAGAGAAGUCUUCCUACACUCAAUUUGAUUCCAAAUUGAAGUUGGAGAUAAAUAAAGAAAAUCGAAAAGUGAUCCGAAUUGGACAUUUGGGAGCUGCAGGAAUAAUGCCAAACGACGCUAAAGUAUUGAAUGCCAGCAAAUGGGAACUCGUUGAAUCUGGCUUGAUUCCUGAAAACGUGGAAUUUGAUAUCAUCACACGGAUAACGUGUUCAGAGUCGUACGAAGGAGUAGCAGUAGCAGCGGAACUUUAUCAUGUUCAUCAAGUACGAGCUUUCAUAGGACCAUACUGUGCCGCUGAGCUCGAAUCAGUAGUCAAAAUGUCCACGUUCUGGAACAUACCCAUCAUAUCCUACUCGUCAACGAGCAACUCGUUGAGUGAUCGGAACAUAUACAAAACUCUUGCAAGGAUCUCUUCAAAAAAUGUCAAUGCCAUUGCCGAAGCAACUGUCUCCUUACUCCAGCAUUAUAGAUGGAAUAAGAUUGCUCUCAUCACUAAUACGGGAACUGAAGCUCUCGAACGGGUACAGGUCUUCGAAGAAAUUCUUCAUCGAGUUGGAAUAAGUGUCUUGAAAAAAGUUAUAUUUGACGAAAACGCAAAAUCAGCUGAUAUGAUCAGUACUGGAUUACUACAGGAUGUAGCAGGAAGUGCUCGAAUUGUGUUAUCUGUGUUCUCCAACACAAUGGAGCUAUCGAGAGAGUUAAUGAAAGCAACAAACAUAUUGGAAAUAAACAAUGCCGAAUUUGCCUAUAUUUUCCCAUGGAUGCAAGCUGGAGCCAAGGACACAUCUCCGUGGAUUGGUAGCAAUGGUGAAAUUAUUCAACAAGUGAAAAAUGACUAUGCGAAUGCCAUCAUUGUUGAUGACGUAAAUGGUUUCGAUGAUUACAUUGUCAGUGCGUUUGUGUCGAAGUUAGAAAAGUAUGGCGUAACAAAAAAUGAAUUGGAUUUAUCUAACAUAUAUGGAUAUAUUCAUCUUUACGAUUCCUUAAAGCUUUAUGCUAUGGCUGUAAAGAAAACUCUGGAGGAUUCCGGAAACGAAGCCUUUGUUACUAAUGGACAGUUCAUAUGGAAUAAAAUGAGAAGGAUGUCUUUCGAAGGUGUGGUGACAAGAGAAGAAUCUCAGAAAGACGGAGAUACGAAAAAAGCUGCUGUUGGAACAGUUUUGAUGGAUGAUAUUGUUGAUCGUGCUCCGAUUUUCGCAGCAUUCUACAUUUCGCCCAAACGAGAUGAAGUAAUGAAGAUGGUCACUAUGAAUAGUGAGCUGGCUAAUAAUUGUGAUGGCUUGAAGAAUCGUUCCGGCUGCUUCAUUUUGAACAUAUCCGACGUUAUCAGAGAUUUUUGGAUUUCUGAUAAUGGAGCUUUACCCUUAGACGAGCCUAUUUGCGGAUACAGAGGACAAAAAUGUUCUUAUUUCUUAGAAAUCGCCAUAGGAGCAAUCAUAGUCGUUGUAGUUAUACUUGCUAUUGGGCUUCACAUCCUUUAUCGCCUUUUUGAGCAAAAAGCUCUGGACAAAAUGCCGUGGAGAAUUUUCCAUGACGAUUUACAGUUCAUAGAUGAGGAACAAGUAAAGUCAAUGAUGUCUCUGGGAUCUGCCAAUACAAAAAUAAGUAAUACGAGUACAAGGCAAAAAAGACAUGUCAUCAUCGGAAUAAAUACACAUUCAACUUAUCAUCGAUAUCCCCAAAGAAGACCAAUUAAGUUUGGUCGGGAAGAUCUGCAGCUUCUCACACAGAUGAAACAAUGUGUUCAUGAUAAUAUCAAUCCCUUCCUUGGAAUGGCAUUCAACGAAAAAGAAGAAAUGCUAAUUUUAUGGAAGUUUUGUAGCAGAGGAACAGUCCAGGAUAUUAUUUAUAAUCAAAACGUUAUUUUGGAUGAGAAAUUCCAUGCGGCAUUUGUUCGCGAUAUUACUUUGGGCUUGGAAUAUUUACAUGCUAGCAAUAUUGGAUAUCACGGAUCUCUUACACCAUGGGCUUGCCUAAUCGACAAAAAUUGGAUGGUGAAGUUGUCCGAUUUUGGAAUAGCAAAUCCGUUGGAACGCUGGGAACAGCAAGGUGCUAUUACUAUUGAUGCACCAGUUGACGACGACGACAAAAGCCAAGCUACCCAAAAAACAAGUGUUCUUUACUGUGCCCCAGAAAUGCUGAAAACACGGAAUUCUAACCGAAAACGGAGAAUGGAUCAGUCGUGGCUCAAGCAGACUCAGCUACGGAGACAAGCUGGUGAUAUUUACAGUUUCGGAAUGAUUAUGUAUGAAAUUCUAUUUCGUUCUUUACCUUUCAAACAAGGGACAGAUACUACAGAACUGUGUGAUUUCCUCGCGGAUGGUACUAAGAUAGUCACACCAGAAAUUCAAGAUCAAAUGGGAUGUCAUCCAGACUUGCAGGCGCUGUUGCGAGACUGUUGGAGUGAAAAUCCAGAAAUCCGUCCUAAUAUUCGUCGUGUGCGAUUGAAUACGGAGAUGGUUUUAAAAACGAAAGGAUCACUUGUAGAUCAAAUGAUGAGAAUGAUGGAACAAUAUGCUAACAAUUUAGAGAAAACUGUUAAAGAACGCACAGGAAUGUUAGAAGAAGCAAACUUACGAGCAGAUCGCUUGCUUUCUCAACUCCUUCCAAAAUAUGUUGCGAAUGAGUUGAAGCUUGGACGAAGUGUACCGCCUAAACUCUUUCAUUCCGCUACAGUUCUCUUUUCUGACAUUGUGGGUUUCACAACUAUCUGUUCAUCUUCUACACCUCUUGAGGUUGUAAAUAUGCUUAAUGGCCUCUAUACAGGAUUUGAUGAAUGCAUCACAAAAAAUGAAAGCUACAAAGUUGAAACAAUCGGAGACGCGUACAUGGUGGUUUCUGGUGUACCCGAGGAAAAUGGCAAUAGCCAUUCUAAGCAUAUUGCGAAUGUUGCUUUAGAUAUGCGACAGUAUUUGACAACAUAUGAAAUACCCCAUCGACCUUCGCAACGAAUUCGUUGCCGCUGGGGCUUCCAUACCGGCUCUGUAGCGGCAGGUGUCGUAGGAAUGACUGCACCACGUUAUUGUCUCUUUGGGGAGACUGUGAACACAGCAUCUCGAAUGGAAUCUACCGGGACACCAGGCAUGAUUCAAUUAUCUGAAGAAUCUCAUCAUCAUUUGGCAAAUCAUUGGGCUGUUUUCUCACUCACCCCAAGAGGAGAUGUGGACGUUAAGGGUAAAGGUAAGAUGAUGACGUAUUGGCUCGAGGACAGAGUCGGAGAUUUCAAUACCGCAAACUAUAUUAAAAAUGGAUAA